AAAUCUACACGAAGAUCUGAUUCUGGAUCAGUAGAAAGCGUUGGUAUUUAUCAAGAUUUUGAUAAGAAACCUAGAGCUCCUGGAGGAGAUACAACAGAUAGCAGUGAGUACGAUAAACUCUGGGAGGGAAGCACAGCCAAGACAGCAUCGCGAAUUGCAAGCAGGAGAAAAUUCAACAUAGACAGCUUUGUCUUCCACAAAGUACUAGGGAAAGGAAGUUUCGGAAAGGUUCUGCUCGCUGAGCUGAAAGGGAAGAAUGAAUUCUUUGCUAUCAAAGCUCUGAAGAAAGAUGUGGUGCUCAUUGACGAUGAUGUGGAGUGCACCAUGGUGGAAAAGCGGGUCCUUGCACUCGCAUGGGAAAAUCCAUUUCUCACACAUCUGUACUGCACGUUCCAGACAAAGGAUCAUCUGUUCUUUGUUAUGGAGUUCCUGAAUGGGGGAGACUUGAUGUUCCACAUACAAGACAAGGGGCGUUUUGAUCUCUACAGAGCAACGUUUUAUGGAGCUGAAAUUUUAUGUGGGCUACAGUUUCUUCACAGCAAAGGCAUUAUUUAUAGGGACCUAAAACUGGACAAUGUGAUGCUUGAUAAAGAAGGCCACAUCAAAAUAGCUGAUUUUGGAAUGUGUAAAGAAAAUGUUGUUGGCGAGAACAAGGCAAGCACUUUCUGUGGGACCCCAGACUACAUUGCUCCUGAGAUCCUGCAAGGUUUGCGCUACACGUUCUCUGUGGACUGGUGGUCAUUUGGGGUCCUGCUGUAUGAGAUGCUUAUUGGACAAUCCCCUUUCCAUGGGGAUGAUGAAGAUGAAUUGUUUGAGUCAAUCCGAGUGGACACCCCUCACUACCCACGCUGGAUUACCAAGGAAUCAAAAGAUAUAUUAGAAAAGCUAUUUGAAAGGGAUCCAACAAGACGACUUGGGGUCACUGGGAAUAUCAGAGACCAUCCUUUCUUCAAAACCAUCAACUGGACGGCACUGGAGAAGAGAGAGGUGGACCCUCCUUUCAGGCCAAAAGUGAAGUCAGCAAGUGACUACAACAACUUUGACAGAGAAUUUCUGAGUGAGAAGCCAAAACUGUCAUACAGUGACAAAAACCUGAUCGAGUCCAUGGAUCAGUCUGCAUUUGAUGGAUUUUCUUUUAUUAACCCUAAAUUUGAACAGCUCUUAGACAAGUAAGUCUCUAAACAGUUGGACUUUAAAGCAGGGUUAAACGUUAUCAGCUGAAAACUCUCAAGUGUUGUGCGUUCCAAGGACGUUGUUGAUACUUCAGAAUAAUACAUAGUAGCAUGAUCAAUUGCCAACUGCUGAUUUAUUGGCAGUGCUCUUUUAUUGGUUGGGUUUAAGGUAUGUGAAUCAUGUGCAUUAUUUUCUCUAUUUGGGAAAAAUGUAAAUUCUGUUUGGUAUUUGAAUGUAGUUAUGUUAUAUAUAUAUGCUGUAUAUUUUGCUCGAGACAAGACUUUGGGGAACAGUCGUCUUUUUUUAAAAGUGUUUGAGCCCUUGGUUCUUUUAUUUGUCAUCAAUUAAAACAAAGUUACAUUAAA